GCAAGCCGAACGCCCUCAUUUUCUUUUCUUUCUUUUUUCUUCUCCAGUCUCCAGUCUGAUCGGGUGUGCAGAAUGCAGAACGACAACAACGGGCACAUCCCGGAGCCACAUCCGUACCUGCAUGAGCCGAUUCUCUACAUCUCAGCCCUACCCGCGCACGUAACGGACGAGAAUUUGGCAUAUUGUUUUGCGACAUGUGCGCCUUUUAGGCCCAAGAUACCCCGCGAUGAUGCCUCGAAGCCGCUUUCUGGAACAAUCGAGUUUAAAUUUCUCGAGAAAGCCGAAAUGGCUCUUGCAACGCUCCAAGGAUAUCCCAUCCCGGGUGCGAACCCAUCAGCCAGCCUCGUCCUCUCUCCGUACCCGCCCACAAACCCUCCCACGCCCUUACCCCCUCCUAAUGCCUCACCUCGUCUCGUCAAACAGCUCCCCUCAGGCUACACGGACACUCAACUCUACCUUCUCUUCCGUCCCUUUGGUGCUCUUGCUUCCGCACGCACCCACACCGCCUUCGGAAAGGACACGGGAGUAAUUGAGUUUUGGAACGAGGACGACGCAAAGUUCGCAGAGAGGGAGAUGCAUUGUGCGGAGGUUGAGGGUCAGAAUAUCGCGGUGCAGAUCUAUCAGCCGAGGAGGACACCGAGUGGGAAUCAUCCGGAAUUUAGCGCAAGUGCGCCGUCGUUCGUGCCUUCGGGAGCAGUAUCCUUUGGCUCGCCAUACCAGCGACAAUACUCCCCGCACUUGUCUCCGCGCGCACAACCGUAUCCUCUCUCACCAGGCCGUCCCAGCCACCCCCUCUCACCAGCCCACCAAGCUCUACAAUUGUCUCCUGGCCCGGCACAUCAUCCGUUGCGAUCGCCUGUGACGCCACCGCAUCUGCUGCAGUCGCAGUCGCCUUCGUCACCGUUGUCGUUUAUACAUGGGCCGGGGCAGCAGGUUCAGUUGGCGCCGUUGCAUGGGCCUGGGUCAACGAGUCAUAGUGGGUUGAUCGAUCCGUGCAAUUUGUUCUGCAAGAACUUGGACGCGAGUAUCGAUUCGAAUGGGUUGUUCCAGCAUUUUCACCGGUUCGGGCAUAUCGUCAGUGCGCGAGUUAUGAGGACCGAUGCGGGCGAGAGCCGAGGCUUUGGGUUCGUCUCGUACCAGACGCCAGAUCAAGCCACGGCAGCAAUGCACGCCAUGAACGGUGCCGUCAUCGGCACCAAACAACUCGUCGUCCGCCUACACGAGCCCAAACAACUCCGUCAAGAAAAGCUCGCACAGCGAUUUGGAGGCGCGGGCAACGGCCAUCCACGAUCCACGUCCGGUGCGACGUCGCCUACCGCCAGCGAAGGUGGGGACAGCGCGUAUCUAGGGCCUGGAGGGCAGGCGCUUGGGUGGGCGAGUCCCGGGGCGAGGACGGCCAAGCUGGGGUAUACCAGUCAGGGGGCGAGUCCCAGGUUUGGGAGCCUGAAGUUGGAGGGGAUGACGAAGGCAGGGGGACAGGGGGCUGGGUCGGGGCAUGGGCAGGAGAAGGCGGCGAGAAGAGGCAGCGGCAGUUAUUAUAACGCCGCGCUCACAGGCACGCUGAACAUGCCGAUGCAAUACGACACCCUCUCGUCGCUCACGCCCGUCGUUCGCCGCGAAGUCCUCACCGGCGAGCUCUCCCGCCGUCUGAAAGACAUGGACAUCAUGCCCGCGACCGAAGUCGACUCCGUCGUCGACCAGCUCGUCGGUCUGUCCCUCUCCGAGAUCGUCUCUUCGUUCCAGGAUCCAGUCAGGCUGAGCCACCAGAUCGACAUCGCGAGGAGCACGUUGGGAUUGCGUCCUAUCGCUUCUUCUUCGGGGGCUUCACCGACUGGGAACGGGAACGGCAAUGGGGUGCAGCAUCGCAAGUCGCCGUCGCCGUCUAACUCGCAGGACUCGCGGUUGCUUGGACCGGAUGUGCUCAAUGCGACUGCGUCCGCGCCCGACCAUCCGUCCACGCCGAUCUCGGUCUCGGUCUCUUCGACCCCUCCGCGCACGUCUUCGCCUUCUGGCUCCAUCGCACAGCCGACGAGCGAGAAAGAGAGGAUCCGAGCCGCGGUGGAGAAGCUGGAGGGACCGGAGAAGGCGGCCAAGCUGACGGAGCUGAUGAUGACGCUCCCGAAGCGCGACAGAGCUCUGUGUCUUUUCAAUGGCGAGAUCUUGAGGAAUAAGAUCCAGGAUGCGAAGAUCGUGUUGGAGAGUCUGGAGGAGGAUGAUGAAGAGGAAGAGCAGACUCCUGCUGCUGCGGCCGUACCGCUGUCGUCGUACAAAGGCCAAGGUCCGACGACGCCGGCUAGGAAGACGACGAGUCUGUCACAGACGGUGUCGCCGCGCACUCCGGAUCUGUCGUCGAGAGGACCGUCGGCGGCGGCGUCGCCGGUACCUGUUACACCUACCACAAGUGGGAUUACGAUCGGAGCUGGUGGCAAUGAAGGUGCGCCGAGUGCGCUGCUCAAGACGUUGGCCGACCAGAGGGCAGAGGAUGUUUUGAAGAUUCUGAGGGAGGGAGGGAUUCCGGGGGUUGAGGCUGAGGACCCAUUGGUGAGGAAGGCGACGGACGAAUUUGUCGAGAGCUUGAAAGGGCAGAGGUUGUCGGCGCAGAAGAGUCAGGCAGGAGAUCGAGUGCGCAAGCUGUGCAAGGCUCUGGGCGUGAAGAAUACGGCGAAGGUCACGAUUAAUCUCAUCGAUAACAAUGACUGGGCUGCAUUGGUCCAUCUCAUCGAUAGCUACCCGUCGAUCAUGAAGCUGAAGGUGCAGAAAGCGGCCACUAUGGUCAAACCCUGAGACGGCGCGUCGUUCCAACUUCUGUUCAAAUAAUACUGUAUACUUCACCAAGCCAAAGUCGCACCCGUUAUUGAGGAUCCACCAUGUAUAUCGAAUGAUAUCCCGUCCUGCCCUCAGGAAAGCUGUCCGUCCAUCGAAAAAUUUCGUGUUUUCUUUCACUCUUGUCCCCUCCUCUACUUUACUUUCUCGACCAUCCUCGCCAUGGCUCGACGUGGUUCCUAUCUAAUCUCCCUUCGACCCUUCUCUAUUUCGUUCCUCGCGUUUUUCACAUUUUUUGCAUACGUAUGGAGGAGUCAUUGACCACUUGUGUACAGAUCCCAGUCGCCUGAAUCCGAAAUCAUAUCCAGUCUCGAAUCGUCCAUUUUUUUUUGCUAUACGUACGUACGAUACUGACCCAUCAUUUGUUGCAGUUACUUCCCACCACAUCACAUUCCUUCC